GGGGAGAAGGGUCGAUGAUCACAACAAAACACGAACGACAAAGAUUACGGGGAAACGCGUGUCGCGAGGUGGCUGACCUGCAGGGAACAAAAGGUAUAUAGGGAUGGUACAUAGGGAGUCAGUCGAUAGCUUGUUCCCCACAGUAUCUUAUCCUUCACCGCACUUCGAGGCGGCCAUCACAUCUCCGAAUAUCUACCUCUUCACUUCCUGUUCGCGACACAACACGGCCUCAACAUGAUCGUCAACACCGCCUUGGUCCUCGCUACCCUGACCUCCUUUGGUUCGGUCCUCGCCACUCCUCAAGCGGAUUACCAGCCGUUCCCUCCCAGUGUCGGUCCUCCUCAAGCUCCCCUCGGGAACUGUGAUACCCCUCAACGGGUUGUCGGAGGCUACAUCGCCAGUUGGGCUGCCUACGAGCCCAAGUGGUACCUCUCGGACGUUCCUUACCAGGACUUGACCCACUUGUGGUACUCGUUCAUCUACCUCAGGACCGACGGCGGUAUCGAAGUCGGGGACCCUGAUAUCGACCUGUACGGCUUGACCGACGAAGAGAAGGAAAAAAUCGUCUCCACCCUCGACCCCCGCCCUCCUCCUGAAAACAACCCUCCUCAAGCUCCCCUCAACUCGACUCUCCAACCAGGUAUCCCAUUCGACCCUCCCGUCGGAAAGAACCAGACCGGAGAUAUCGGUCUCAAAUGGUUACGUGAUCACAAGAACGUAACCGGGGACACCAAAGUCAUGGUCGCUCUUGGAGGAUGGACUUGGUCGCACAAUUUCGCCGCUGUCGCUGCGAAUGAGACCAAGAGGGGAGUGUUUGCGGAGAGCGUCAAGGGGUUCUUGGACGAGUGGAAGUUGGAUGGGAUCGAUAUCGACUGGGAGUACCCUACCGAUCCUCGAGUCAACGGGACCCUUGAAGACAAGGAAAACUUUGUCCUCCUCAUGAAAGAACUCCGUGAAUCCAUCGGUCCCGAAAAGGUCAUCUCGCUCGCCGUGAGCGCGAGCACGAUCAUCUCCCCCGAGAAGAACAACCAGAGCUUGAUUCAGGCGGGGAUCGAUGUCAAGUUGGCGGAUUAUGUGGACAUGUUCAACGUCAUGGGUUAUGACUUUGCUGGAUACUGGUCCGAGGUCGUCACCCACGAUGCUCCUCUAUACGGUAACAUCUCCGCCUCUGCUGCCAUCGCUCAAUUCAAGGAGAUCGGUAUCCCCGCGUCCAAGCUCAAUCUCGGCAUUCCCGCUUACGGCUACAUGUUCUACAACACCGACGGAACCGGGAUGGGCGGGAACAUGUCCACCGAGGGUAACCGGAUCCAGGGGACCUGGGAUACCGCCGAGAACAACAUGAGCUGGACGGGUAACUUUGAUUACAGCCACAUCCAACAGGCUUUUGCCAACAACUCUGACUGGACUUACCAAUUCGACAACGCCACCGCCGGGAGCUGGUUGUGGAACAAGGAGAAGAACCUGGUCUUGACUUACGAUAGCGCCGAGGCCGUUCAGGUCAAGAGCGACUAUGCCGAGGCCGAGGGUCUGGGUGGAAUGUUCGUUUGGGAAUUGUCCAACGAUCGAGCUGGGGAUCUCGUCAGCGUCAUGGCUGGGGUGGUCGAAGAGCCCGAGGCGCCAGAGACCUCUUCGAUUCCGUCGGAGAAGACUUCGACCGUUAGCAACUGGGGUCCUGUGCAAACCGGCUCCUCGUCGCCUCAUUACCGACGCAGCCGGGCCCGUCAGGCUGGCCGCGUUUGAAUGGGCUCGCAUCUCUGACUCCGGAUCGAGUACGGCAGCAGGCUGUCGUCUGAUACACUCUCUUGAAAGGGAUUAGUCUUGUCAGGUCAACCCAAUACUGUCGC